ACAACCACUCUGUAACGUCCCGCGUCCCAUGUCUCAUGCUUCACUCUUUCGUCGUCAACAAUCAGAAGAAGUAAGAGCGCACCUGUGUAUGCUAAGGGUUGCCGUACAGUGACGUGAUCGAGCGGCAUUGAGGAAAAAGGAUCAGCGAAAGAACGCGGUGCAGAAGGAAACACGUGAAUUCGUGCGAAGAAACAACGCUUGCUUCUGAAUCUCGCGUCUCGUCUUGAGAUCAAAAAGAUGCCUAAUAUUAAGCUACAGAGCUCCGAUGGUGAGGUGUUUGAGGUUGAUGUUGAGAUCGCUAAAUGUUCGGUAACCAUCAAGACUAUGUUGGAGGAUCUUGGCAUGGACGAGGAUGAAGAGGAGGUUGUGCCCUUGCCGAAUGUUAAUUCGGCAAUCUUGAGAAAGGUUAUACAGUGGGCCACCUAUCAUAAGGAUGAUCCGCCACCACCAGAGGAUGACGAGAACAAAGAGAAGCGUACCGAUGAUAUUAGUUCUUGGGAUGCGGACUUUUUGAAGGUGGAUCAAGGCACUCUCUUCGAACUGAUCUUGGCAGCUAACUACCUCGAUAUUAAAGGACUUUUGGAUGUCACAUGCAAAACCGUCGCUAAUAUGAUCAAAGGCAAGACGCCCGAAGAGAUUCGUAAGACAUUUAACAUCAAGAAUGAUUUUACGGCUUCUGAGGAAGAACAAGUACGCAAGGAGAAUGAAUGGUGCGAGGAGAAAUAGAUGAGAACGCGAUUUCUUAAAGUCGCGAAAAGUCUUUUAAAUGUUAAAUAAUUCAUCUUUGCGUUACUAGAAUGUCGAACUUAAACAGAGCUCCUUGCAAUUACUUUAAUAAAUUUUUCACCCAGUGGCGCAAUUUUUUUUUUCAAAGAAUAAAAUUAACUGUGUAUCAAAAUCAAAUAAGUAUGCAAAUAAUUAUGCGAAUAUGUAUCACGUAGGUCCAUUGUUAUUUAUUUCAAAUAAAAAUAGAAUAAUGUAAA